AUGGAUAAAAGAACAAGAGGACCCAAGUAUGGCGAAAGUCAUCUUGUUGUUCUCUCUAACUUAGUCAUCAAAUAUAAAGACAUCAUUGAAAAUAAAAAAAGUGACCAAAGCAUAUGGAAAACUAAAGAUGUCACAUGGAACAAAAUCCAAAGCGAGUUUAAUGCUCUAACUGGAAUUGUACGUCCUGCUAAAUCAUUAAAAGAGAGGUACGAAAAGUUAAAAAAGGAUUCUAAAAAAGUAUUGGCCUCAGAAAAGAGGGAAAUUUUUAGUACUGGUGGUGGUAUAUGUAAAAAAAUUCCCCGUUCUGAGGCAAUAGACAAGAUUAUUUCUCUUCUUGGUAUCUCUGGAGAGGGACUAAAUUCCUAA